AUGUAUACAAUCAAGAGAAGAGCAUACAGAUAAGACGUAUCAUUAUGUUAAAAAUAGGCUUGCUAUUAUACUGAUUUUACAAUCCACAACAAGACAGCACACCUACCACCUGAUGCUACACUAUUUCCAUCAGGAGAGUAGCAUUAAGUCAAUAAUCAUCAGUAAUAAUGA